AUGGGUAUGAAGCAUGACAUUCAGAAGUUUUUUCAACUCCCCCCCGAUGUUAAGAAUGCAUAUGCUCAGCGGCAAGGGGAUCUUCAAGGUUAUGGUCAAGCGUUUGUUGUCUCUGAUGAUCAAAAGCUAGAAUGGGCUGACAUGUUUGCGCUCUUCGCCCAACCACCCGAAGCCCGUGAUAUGAGUUACUGGCCAUGUGAACCCCAUACUUUCAGGAAUUUUAUUGAAAAGUACUCUUCGGAGGUGAUGAAACUUGCUCAUUCUCUUGGCGUCUUCGUUGCAAAAACACUAGAUCUUAAUCCUGAAUUGGUUGAAGACAAACAUGUGGCGCAAUUUCUCAGGAUGGGCUACUACCCUCCAUGCACGCCAAUGCCAGAAAAGGUUUUAGGCUUCAAACCGCAUUCUGAUAUGUCAUUCCUAACUAUUCUACUGGAAGUUAAUUCAGUUCAAGGCUUACAAAUUAGAAGGCAUGGUGCAUGGAUACCUGUGAAACCAUGUCGCGAUGCACUAUUGGUGAAUGUGGGUGACCUUCUUGAGAUUAUGACAAAUGGGAAGUACAAGAGCAUUGAGCACAGGGUUACCAUAAAUGCCCACAAGGAGCGACUAACCGUGUCUGCAUUUCACCUCCCAAAUUAUGAUGGAAUAGUUUCACCAAUUUUGGAAACUAGAGAAGAGAAGUUGUUAUACAAGACAGUGAAAGUAGAAGAGUAUGCAAGACUUUUUUUCACAAACAAACUUGAAGGAAAGAGAGCCCUAGAUCAUGCGAAGUUAUCCCAAUAA